AUGAUGCAAGCCAGGAAGUUUAAGUACGACGUCAUCGGACUGACCGAGACGAGGCGACGCCACCCACUGAACGCCGUGUAUGACACUGCAGAAGAACUGUUCUUAGGAGCAUGCGAUAGUAGAGGAGUUGGGCGACGACCUGUGGUGAAAGCUGAGCUCGCCGUGGCAUGGCUGCUUAGUUUGGGGAAAAGUCUCUUUGCCACUCCAGCAUAUUCACUGCCUCAGUACCCUGCACACUGUGCCCUGCCGUCUCAGACGUCGGAUGGUAUGGCGACCGACGCUGACCUGCAUGCCCUUCUCGGAGCUGCACAGGGUAUCAAAUUUCACGUGAUUGCUCUGCAGGAGACCAAGUGCAGAAGGAGCGACGUACGACAGAUGAAUGACGGUACACUCGUCAUUCGUGGAGAGAAGGUUCCGUCGCGAAAUGUAGGCGGUGCUGGUUUUGUUGUGCACCCAUCUGUCGUCCAUCUCGUCGAUUCUCACGAGAUCCUGUCACCUCGUCUGGCUAUUCUUCGUCCCCGCCCUCUGCGCCAAAAAUCCAUCAGUAUCACCAACUGCUACUCACCAACAUCAGCAGCUGAUGAAUCCGAAUUGGACGCGUUUUACGAGGAGCUGGAGGAAGUAAUCCGCAACGAGAAGUCCUUCUACAGAUUCGUUGUCGGAGACUUCAACGCAAAACUAGGAAAGGCCACAGAAGAGGAAUACAGGAUUGGAAGAUUUGGACUAGGGGACCGGAAUGAAAAUGGCAAUCGCCUCGAGGUGGUGUCUACGUGA